CUGAAAUUUGACGUUUGUUUUGAGGUGGCAAAUGUCAAAUCACCUUUUCACUAUUCCUGAAAUUGGAGGAGUUUGUGGUGAAUUAUAGUAAUUAAGUUACAGAAAUGAAGUUUAAACUCCUAUUAUUCCUAACUAUAAUUUUAACCUACUAUGAAGGAGAAGCUCAAACCCGUACGAAGGGGCUUGAAGAAAAAGUCCAGCAGUUAACAGACUUCACAGCCAAAAAGUCAAUAAUUUCUCUUAACUUGAACAAAUUCAAGGAAUAUGUGAAAUCUCCGCCUAGAGACUACUCCUUCAUCAUCAUGUUCACAGCGAUGGCACCGUCGAGGCGCUGUGCCAUCUGUCAGCAUGUGUACGAUGAGUACCUGAUUGUAGCUAACUCGUUCAGGUUCUCACCGGCUUACAAUAAUAAGCUGUUCUUCGGUAUGGUUGAUUUUGAUGAGGGUUCUGAUAUCUUCCAAAUGCUACGUUUAAACACAGCACCUGUUAUAAUGCACUUCCCCGCCAAAGGCAAGCCAAAACCAGCUGAUUCCAUGGACUUCGAGAGGUCUGGAAUCCAUGCUGAAGCUAUUUCCAAAUGGAUCCAAGAUAGGACUGAUGUUCAGAUCAGGAUAUUCCGUCCGCCCAACUACUCUGGUGCAGUAGCAUUCGCAAUGCUAUUCAUCCUAGUGGCUGGCUUCCUCUACCUCCGUAGAAACAACCUUGAGUUCCUCUACAAUAAACAGAUGUGGGCUGUUGGUGCAGUGUUCUUCUGCUUUGCCCUGGUUUCUGGACAAAUGUGGAACCAUAUCAGAGGCCCACCGUUCUUCCAUAGGACUAAGAAUGGACCGGUGUACAUUAAUGGAGGAUCACAUGGACAAUUUGUGUUGGAGAGCUAUAUUGUGGCCAUUUUGAAUGCAGCAGUAGUUGUAGGCAUGAUCCUAAUGAUUGAAGCGGCAGGCGGAGUGAAGAACCAAGACAUAGUGCGCUCUCAAGCGGACGGCAAGCGCAGACGCUUCCAGUCUAUUGUAGGACUGGUGUUAGUCUGUGUUUUCUUCUCUCUGCUUCUGUCUGUCUUCAGGGCUAAGACACAGGGUUAUCCUUACAGCUUCCUGUUCAAGUGAGAAGUUCGAAUAAUAGUUUGUAAGAUCGACGAUGUAAGUCGAAGUGUGUGUGCAAUUGUAUGUAUUUACAUAGGGAGUCCGUAUUCGUUCUACAAUUGGUCAAUAAAUUUGUUUCUAUUUAUUAAA